AUGGGUGCUUCUGUUUCGAAUCUUUUCGCGGGGGGUGAAAUGACUCAAUCAACGGGUCAAACAAAUGGAGCCGCCAUUCAUGAAGGAUCAGCCACAGACAAGUCGAUGCCACCAUUUUCUGCGAAGCUAACGAAGAAAUUCCCCUUUCCAAAGGUGGAACUCCAUCUACAUCUUGACGGAAGCGUGCGUUUCACCACUUUAUGGGAUAUGUGCAACAAGAAGGACAUGCCGGUGCCUGAUGUGCAUGACGUAGAAGGACUCAAAAAAGCAAUCAUAUCAACGAAACCGGGUAAUCUCUCUCAAGUGUUGGAGGCGUUCAAAAUAAUCCUCCCCAGAAUUGCGGGUGAUGUGACGGUAUUAGAGAAUAUCGCUUAUGAAACAUGCGAGGAUCAACAUCGAAAUGGUGUUAUUUAUUUUGAGGCUCGAUAUGCGCCACAUUUUCUUGCAAACACGGGUCCUGGCAUCGAUUACGAGCACACUUAUCACAAGGAUGGACCGGUAACCGCUGAAGAUGUGGUUCAAGCGGUUUAUCGAGGAUUUGAACGGGGCAAGAAGGAUUUCGGUAUUGAAGCACGAUCGAUUCUUUGCUGUAUUCGCGGACACGAUCUCUGGAACGAUGACGUACUUGCCCUAGUUUCAAAACAUCGUCACGAUUUGGGAGUUCUGAUGAAAAAUAUGAACCAUCGGCUAUUCGUGUCUUCAAGGAGGCUGCCGCUAUGGGAAUUCAUCGUACAUGAUCAUGGCUAUCGAAGAGAUGCACGC